AUGCGCUUCGCCUCACCUCGCCAGACAGUGGCCAGCAUAGAUGAGACCGAGGGGGUCGGCCUCAUCAUCACUGAGCCAGAGGAUCUAUGGCACGCCAACAACCUCAUCGCAAUUGGCGACACCGUCUAUGCCCCCACCAACCGCAAGGUCGCCACCGAGACUCUCACAGGGUCAACAUUCACUCAAAAAGUGCGCAUCGAGCUGGCCGUCAAGGUCACCGACACCUCUUUUGACCCGCGCGCCUCGGAACUUCGCGUGGCCGGCACUAUUGUCAACGAAAAUGAAAUCGCUGCCGUGGGACAGUACCACACCAUCACCCUCAAGCACACUGAUCGCGACAUCAAGUUUACCAUAUGGAAGGAGCAAGGCUGGGACUCGGUGGCCCGCGCCCUGCUCGCAGAGGCUGUCAGCGAGACGGCCAACAAGGACGUGGUGUUUGCAGUGGUGAUGCAGGAGGGAAUGGCCAAUCUCUGCCUGAUCACCGAGUCAAGAACAUUGGUCAAGCAGAGGAUCGAGCACACCAUCCCCAAGAAGAGGUCGUCGCGCAAGGAGGCCGAGGGAGGCAUGUCAGACUUUUACGGGAAGAUUCUGUCAGCCAUACUCAGCGCCAUCGACUUCAACGAGCGCUCCGGCAUCCCCAAGCAACUACUACUCGCCAGUCCUGGCUUCGUCGCGCAUAACUUUCGAGAUUACAUGAAGGAGUAUGCCGAGAAGAAAGCGAACAAGCCACUGGCGCGGUUGGCUACUGAGGCGGCCGUGAUCCACACGAGCACUGGACAUGUGCACAGUCUCAACGAGGUGCUCAAGAGCCCCGAGGCACAACGAACCAUGCGAGACUCCAAGUUCACCAACGAGACAAAGCUGAUGGACAAUUUCUACCAAAAGCUUCGGCAAGACGAUGGGAGGGCGUGGUACGGUGUUCAGCCAGUCGCCAAGGCCAUCAGAGAAGGUGCCGUGGGCCGUGGCGGCGGUGUGUUGAUGGUGAACAGCGCCUUUUUCAAGAGCAUGGACGUGGCGGAGCGGCAGAAAUAUGUUGCACUUGUCGACAAGGUCAGGGAAGAUGGCGGCGACGUUAGACUGCUCAGCAGCGACCACGAGAGCGGCCAGCGGUUGGAUGCAUUGGGCGGGAUCUGUGCGCUCCUAACAUACCCGUUGCAUGAUCUUGACGAGGAGGAUGCGGAGGAAGAUGCGUCGGCGGCGGGGACGACAAUAAUAUGA